AUGCCGCACCUCGUCCGGGAGAAUCUGUUCAUCGGCAACAUCAACGAUGCGGCGGAGGUCCUCCUCCAGAGCGGGACCUCCUCCGACAUCAGCCACGUCCUCUCCGUAUUGAGCUCCGCCUCCAUCUCGUUCUUCACCGAGUGGCGCUCCGGCGUCUCGAUCCCGGCCAAGGAGAUCAAGAAGGUCUACUUCAACCGCCGGCGGGACGGCCCGGCCGCGGCUGAGGAGGAGGAGGAGGAGGAGGAUGGUUCCAAGCUCAUGUACUCGCUGGAGUACGCAGGGAAGGAAUUGAAGCUGGUGAGGAUGGCGGUGCCUGUUAGGGAUAUGGAGAGCGAGGAUUUGCUGGAUUAUUUGGAGCCUUGCUUGGAUUUCAUUGAUCGGAGUAGGAAGGAAGGCUCCGUUCUUGUUCACUGCUUUGCUGGUGUGUCCAGGAGUGCAGCUAUCAUUACAGCGUACUUGAUGAGACUUGAACAGCUCACUCUGGAAGAUGCUCUUGAAUCCCUAAGGGAAAGCUGUGAGUCUGUUUGCCCCAAUGAUGGCUUUCUAGAUCAGUUGAAAAUGUUUGAGGACAUGGGCUUCAAGGUUGAUCAUGGGAGCUCCAUAUACAAGCGCUUCCAUGUGAAAGUAUUAGGUGAGUCCUAUAACAGGGGAGAGAAGAUAGACAGCAAUCAGUUUGCUGCGGAUCCCAGUAUAGCUGUAGAAGUUCAGGCACAGACAGCAGCACCAGUAAAUGGAGAAAAAAAGCGUGUACAAGCAUAUCGUUGCAAAAAGUGCAGAAGGCUAGUUGCAUUAGAGGGUAAUGUUGUAGGCCAUGUUCCGGGAGAGGGCGAGUCAUCCUUCUCAUGGAACAAGCGAAGAAGUGGUAAUCCAUUUAGCAAGUCUGAUCAAACUGAUUGUUCGUCUAUCUUUGUUGAGCCUUUACGGUGGAUGACAGCAGUUGAAGAUGGUGGAUUAGAAGGGAAGUUGUCAUGUGCGCACUGCGAUGCUCGAUUGGGCUACUUCAAUUGGUCGGGCAUACAAUGCAGUUGCGGGAGCUGGGUCACCCCUGCUUUUCAGCUCCAGAAAGGCCGAGUCGACAUCAGUAGUGUCUAA